AUGCACCUAUUAUUACUGGCAACACCGUUAAUCAUUAUUGCCCAUACGUUUCUCAGCUCCCGAACGGGGUCCUCGUAUUAUAUAGUUUUCUCAUUCUUCUUCAUGGUCACUAUGAGCAUUGCUUAUCUACCUAUCUAUCUAUCUAUCUAUCUAUCUAUCUCAGUGUUCAAGUCUAUCUGGUGUCAGUUCUUAUCUGUCUAUCUAUAUCAAGUUGUUCGUAUCUAUCUAUCUUUCAUAUCUAUCUAUCUAUCUAUCUAUCUAUCUAUCUAUCUAUCUAAGGUUGUUCAUAUCUAUUUAUCAAUUUAUCUAAUGUCAGUUCAUAUCUAUCUAUCUAUCUAUCUAUCUAUCUCAGGUUGUUCACAUCUAUCUAUCAAUCUACCUAAUUUCAUAUCUAUCUAUCUAUCUAUCUAUCUAUCUAUCUAUCUAUCUAUCUAUCUAUCUCAGGUUGUUCAUAUCUAUCUAUCAAUCUACCUAAUGUUAGUUCAUAUCUAUCUAUCUCAGGUUGUUCAUAUCUAUCUAUCAAUCUACCUAAUGUUAGUUCAUAUCUAUCUAUCUCAGGUUGUUCAUAUCUAUCUAUCAAUCUACCUAAUGUUAGUUCAUAUCUAUCUAUCUAUCUAUCUAUCUAUCUAUCUAUCUAUCUAUCUAUCUAAGUUCAUAUCUAUCUAUCUAUCUAUCUAUCUAUCUAUCUAUCUAUCUAUCUAUCUAAGUUCAUAUCUAUCUAUCUAUCUAUCUAUCUAUCUAUCUCAGGUUGUUCACAUCUAUCUAUCAAUCUACCUAAUGUUAGUUCAUAUCUAUCUAUCUAUCGACCUAAUGUUAGUUCAUAUCUAUCUAUCUAUCGACCUAAUGUUAGUUCAUAUCUAUCUAUCUAUCUAUCUAUCUAUCUAUCUAUCUCAGGUUGUUCAUAUCUAUCUAUCAAUCUACCUAAUGUUAGUUCAUAUCUAUCUAUCUCAGGUUGUUCAUAUCUAUCUAUCAAUCUACCUAAUGUUAGUUCAUAUCUAUCUAUCUCAGGUUAUUCAUAUCUAUCUAUCAAUCUACCUAAUGUUAGUUCAUAUCUAUCUAUCUAUCUAUCUAUCUAUCUAUCUAUCUAUCUAUCUAUCUAAGUUCAUAUCUAUCUAUCUAUCUAUCUAUCUAUCUCAGGUUGUUCACAUCUAUCUAUCAAUCUACCUAAUGUUAGUUCAUAUCUAUCUAUCUAUCGACCUAAUGUUAGUUCAUAUCUAUCUAUCUAUCGACCUAAUGUUAGUUCAUAUCUAUCUAUCUAUCUAUCUAUCUAUCUAUCUAUCUCAGGUUGUUCAUAUCUAUCUAUCAAUCUACCUAAUGUUAGUUCAUAUCUAUCUAUCUCAGGUUGUUCAUAUCUAUCUAUCAAUCUACCUAAUGUUAGUUCAUAUCUAUCUAUCUAUCUAUCUAUCUAUCUAUCUAUCUAAGGUUGUUCAUAUCUAUUUAUCAAUUUAUCUAAUGUCAGUUCAUAUCUAUCUAUCUAUCUAUCUAUCUAUCUAUCUAUCUAAGUUCAUAUCUAUCUAUCUAUCUAUCUAUCUAUCUAAGGUUGUUCAUAUCUAUUUAUCAAUUUAUCUAAUGUCAGUUCAUAUCUAUCUAUCUAUCUAUCUAUCUAUCUCAGGUUGUUCACAUCUAUCUAUCAAUCUACCUAAUGUUAGUUCAUAUCUAUCUAUCUAUCGACCUAAUGUUAGUUCAUAUCUAUCUAUCUAUCGACCUAAUGUUAGUUCAUAUCUAUCUAUCUACCUAUCUAUCUAUCUAUCUAUCUAUCUAUCUCAGGUUGUUCAUAUCUAUCUAUCAAUCUACCUAAUGUUAGUUCAUAUCUAUCUAUCUCAGGUUGUUCAUAUCUAUCUAUCAAUCUACCUAAUGUUAGUUCAUAUCUAUCUAUCUAUCUAUCUAUCUAAGUUCAUAUCUAUCUAUCUAUCUAUCUAUCUAUCUCAGUUCAUAUCUAUCUAUCUAUCUAUCUAUCUAUCUAAGGUUGUUCAUAUCUAUUUAUCAAUUGAUCUAAUGUCAGUUCAUAUCUAUCUAUCUAUCUAUCUAUCUAUCUCAGGUUGUUCAUAUCUAUCUAUCAAUCUACCUAAUGUUAGUUCAUAUCUAUCUAUCUAUCUAUCUAUCUAUCUAUCUAUCUAUCUACCUAAUAUCAGUUCAUAUCUAUCUAUCUAUCUAUCUAUCUAUCUAUCUAUCUAUCUGUAUCUUACGCGGAGCCCCUCUGCAUCGGGCCUCUUCGCCGUUAUGAUCGGUAUUGGCAGUCUUAGUAAGCUCUCAGCUAUAGACAUUGUACGGUGUACGAGAGUGGUGCGAGCGGAUAGGGUUGGUGUGACCUCCUCCUUCUCCUUCUCCUUUUUUUUUCUCUCUUUUCGUACCCCCAUCUCUCUCUCUCUCUUUCAACGUCACUCACGCACACUCGCCUGCCACUGUCUUUACGUUCAAUACACUCCUCUACUCACUCUCACAUCAAGCGCAACGCUCUCCUUCUCUUCCCCUCUCUUACAUUUUAGUUUAACUCUCUUUCCGUUUUAUUUUCUUUCCUUCUCUAUCUAUCUAUCUAUCUAUCUAUCUAUCUAUCUAUCUAUCUAUCUAUCUAUCUAUCUAUCCCAUUCUUUUAAUAUCUAUCUAUCUAUCUAUCUAUCUGUUUUUGCCUUGUUUCAACACGUAAUCUCCCUUCCUUGCUCUCUUUCCCACUCUCUCUCUCUCUCUCUCUCUCUCUCUCUCCCUUCCCCCCUCUCUAACUCGAGUUCUUUCUAUUCUCAUGCCCGCUCUUCCAGCUUCCUCUCUCACAAAAUUGCGUUUUCCUCAUUCGGCUCCUUUAUUCAAAUUCCGUCCGAGAAAGAGACAUUUAUCCCUCUCUCUACCUUGUGUUUAUUUUUCACCCCUCCCCACACCAACAUUUUUCCCUCUCAUGUCUUUUCUCCCGCGAUUCAACCUUCCCUGACGAUUCAUAUUAUUCACAAUAUUCGAAUCAGUUGGUCUGACAUCUUUUUUUUCAUUCUUAUCGUUGACUUUCCAUGUCAGUCUGUUCUUUCCUUCGCUUGCUCAAGAUUUGGAGAGAAAAAGAAAGACAAUCAAAGCGGAAAGAACUAUCACCUCCUUCAUUUUGAUAUGCACGUUUCUCUUACUGUGUCUCUUUCUCUCCUCCCUAAGUUUCGCCCUUCUCCUCUUCUUUACAACCUUCUCUCCCUUCUUUGUACCCUUAUUUCUCUUUCUUUUUCACCUUCUCUUUCUAGCCCUCUUGCUAUCCCUCUCGCUCUUCCAGUUUCUCUGUAUUUGUUUCCCUCUUCCUCUUUUUCCUUUCUUUCUGUCUUUCACUUCGUUUCUUUCUAUUCAUCUCCUUUCCUUAUAUUUUCCUUACAUUUUUUCGUUGCUUUCUUUUUCAUGUCUUUUUCUAUAUUCUCUCUCUCUCUCUCUCUCUCUCUCUCACAAACACAUUCUUCUUCCACUUUCUUUCUCUUAUCCUUUUACUCUUUCUUUAACUUUCUCUCUUGCAUUCUGUUUAUUUUUCUUACAUUCGUGUCUAUCUUCAUUUCUAUUAUUCUAUCAUUCUAUCAUUCUAUUAUUCUAUUUCUUCACUUCCCCUAUUAUUCAAUAACACUUAUUUCUUUGUCUUUCUUUUUCGAUAAUACAUUUCUCUUUCUUUUCUUUUUUUUCUUUUUUUUUUCCGUCUUUCCUUUGUCUACAUUUUUUCCUUUUCCUUUUCCUUUCCAUCCCUUCCCUUCCAAUAAUUUUUUUUCUUUCUUUCUUUUCUUUCUUUCCUUUUUUUCCUUUCCGUCCCUUCUGUUCUUUUCUUUUUUUUUUUUUACUUUCCUUUCCUUUUUCCGUCCCUUCUUUCUACAUUUUCUUUUCUUUUCUUCUUCCUUUUCCUUUCCUUUCGUCCCUUCCUUCCCGUCCCUUCCUUCCGUCUACAUUUUUUCUUUUUCUUUUUCUUUUCUUUCCUUUCCUUUCCGUCCUUUCCUUUUCUACAUUUUUUCUUUCUUUCUUUUCUUCUUCCCUUUCCCUUCCCUUCCCUGUCCUUCCCUUCCUGUCUACAUUUUUCUUUCUUUCUUUUUUUCCUUUUUUCUUUCUUUCCUUUCCUUUCCUCCCUUCCCCUUUCUACAUUUUCUUUCUUUUUCUUCUUCCUUUUCCGUCCCUUUCCCUUCCUUCCUGUCUACAUUUUCUUUCUUUCUUUUUCCUUUUUUCUUUCCUUUCCUUUCCGUCCCUUCCCUUCCCGUCUACAUUUUCUUUCUUUCUUUCUUCUUCCUUUUCCUUUCCUUUCCGUCCCUUCCCUUUCCUUCCCUUUCAUUUUCUUUCUUUCCUUUCCUUUCCUUUCCUUUCCUUUCCGUCCUUCCUUCCUGUCCCUUUCCGUCCCUUCCUUCCCUGUCCCUUCCUUCCUGUCUACAUUUUCUUUCUUUCUUUUCCUUUCCUUUCCUUUCCUUUUCCUUCCCUUCCGUCCUUUCCUUUCUUUUUCCGUCUUUUUUCCCUUCCCGUCCUUCCCUUCCUACAUUUUCUUUCUUUCUUUCUUUCCUUUCCUUUUCCUUUCCUUUCCGUCCCUUCCCUUCCCGUCUACAUUUUCUUUCUUUCUUUCUUCUUCCUUUUCCUUUCCUUUCCGUCCCUUCCCUUCCCGUCCCUUCCCUUCCCGUCUACAUUUUCUUUCUUUCUUUUCCUUUCCUUUCCUUUCCUUUCCUUUCCGUCCCUUCCCUUCCCGUCUACAUUUUCUUUCUUUCUUUCUUCUUCCUUUUCCUUUCUUUUCCCUUCCUUCCCGUUUCCUUUCUUUCCUUUUUCCUUUUUUCUUUCCUUUCCUGUCUUUCUUUUCUUUCUUUCUUUCUUUCUUUUCUUUCUUUUCCUUUCCUUUCCGUCCCUUCCCUUCCCGUCUACAUUUUCUUUCUUUCUUUCUUUCUAUCUUUCUUUCCAAAUAACGACGACUUUUUUCUCGUCCUCCGAUUCCUAACAGUAACUGAAACAUUGAGCAUCUAUCUAUCUAUCUAUCUAUCUAUCUAUCUAUCUAUCUCUCUCUCUAUCUCUCUCUCUCUAAUUUGCUGCAUAAAUACACAUCUAUCUAUCUAUCUAUCUAUCUAUCUAUCUCAGGCUGUACAUUAUCUAUCUAUCUAUCUCAGGCUGUACAUUAUCUAUCUAUCUAUCUAUCUAUCUAUCUAUCUAUCUAUCUAUCUAUCUAUCUAUCUCAGGCUGUACAUUAUCUAUCUAUCUAUCUAUCAUAUUGUUAUCUUUAUACGUCCUUUGCUAACCCUAGAAAUCUGA